AUGUCGCUCCUGGCCCACUUCGGGCGCUCUGGGGCGAAGCGGCUGGCCCCUGCAGGCGCUCGGGCGCUGGGCCAGACGGAGCAGUUUAGGCAGUUUGCGGCAACCCCCGCCCAGCCCGCACAGGAUGAAGACAUCGUGCUGUCGUCAUUCCGCCAGUCGCAGCAGCAGUAUCAGCAGCUGAUGCAGGGCCUGCAGAACAUCAGCCUGCCCCUGACCGGCGACGAUGCGGCGAUCAAGAAGUAUGCGGCCGAUGUGGAGGCUCUGAAGAAGCAGAUUGGCAUGCCCGACGUGGAGGAUGUCAUCAGCGCUGAGCUGGACUACAAAUUUGCGUGCACCGGCUACGCCGUGCGCCAGUUUGUGACCGAGGCGCUGGAGAGCAUGAGCCUGGGCGGCAGCAUGGCGGCGGCCAAGGCCGAGAUCAUGGCGGCGCUGGACGAGGCUGAGAAGGCGGGCGGCGGCGAGCUGGACUCUGCCAACGAGAAGGGCUGGCAGGUGCUGACCGCCAAGCUGGGCGAGAUUGAGAAGAAGUAUGGGCUGGCAGACAAGGGCAAGGUUCGGGAGGAGGCCAUCUUUGAGAUGUACAAGCAGCACAUCAACCAGCUCCGCACCACGGUGCUGAGCGACAUGAACAAGGCGCGCACCGAUGACCUGGCCGACAUCCAGCCCAGCCUGACAGGGCUCAAGCCCAAGCUGGUGUGA